GUUUUUCCCAGCCAAUUAAAUUGUAUAUUUUAUACCCAUAUCUAAAAACUGUGUUGUUAAUCAGUCCUACAAAGCAAACAAAAAUUAACUAAAAAAUGGUGUUUAAAGCGGAGGAGUGGCAUUUUCCAAGGGAUAAUCUUUUAAGGAUAUGUUUUCUCAUUGCUGCCUUUGAACUGUUGCGUUCCCUUUAUUUCUCCUUUACUUCAGUUUCUCUCAUGAUUUCGCAUACGAACUCCUAUACCAUAAUUGCUUUUCUCAGCACAGUAGUUUGGAUACUAACCGUGGUGGCACUUUUUGUGGGUUUGUGGAAGAGCCGUCCAACUCUUCUCUUGUUUUGGUUACUGUUUUCUGGCUUUGCCACUGCCACCGAUAUUAUUUUUCUGAUAUGGAGUGUAACUUCUUCACCUGUUUUCGACAUGAUUAAUUUCAAGCACUGGACUGUUUUAUAUUUCGGAAUUUUUUAUGAGUGUACUUGCUUGUAUUUGGUACUCAGAUAUUUCAAGAGAUUGUAUUCCUAUUGUGUUCUGGAAGGCGAAAGCUACGAUUGGACCUCUCAAAGCUGCAACAAAGACGAUGCCACCGAAUCAAUGACGACCACUUCGAAAACAUCUGAAAAGACAACUGAAUGAUAGUAUGCUAUCGUAGAGAAAAUCAGGAAUUAACAAAAUAAAAAUUAUUUAUGUUCUGCUGA